AGUCUCGAGUAGUCAGCCAUUCGCUUCGGGUGUCUCGUUUUGCGUUCACAAUAGCGCAAUUCUAUAGAGUCUCUCUUGUGUUGCUUAUAACUGUGCCUUCGCGGGGCAAAAUCUUUGCCAUCUUGUAGUGAUCUUGUCCACGUAGGAAGAUUUUUGCUGUUUCCAGUGAAGUGGUCACUUUGCGCUGCUCAAUUUGCGAAAACUCCAAGUUUUUUUCUUAAAAAGUUAAUUCCCCUUUGAAAGGCUUAGCGUGUGAGUGAUUUGCAUAAGAGGAAAAAUUAGCCAGAGAGUGUGAGGAUUUUGCAAAAGAGAAGCGCAUAAGAAAAAGAUUUGUCGUGCGAAAGUGAAGGCAGAAGAAGUAUUGGAAAGGAUUUUACAGCUUUGCCACGGAGUUUAGAAGUUCAUUUCUAAACUCUACAAGAAGAACUUUGUGCGCGGGCACACACGCAGAUCAAUCGGAUUCACCGCCAUGGAGCACUGAGACAAACAAGGAUACAUAACGAUGGCACUGAGACUGAGGAAGGAUGUCCAAAAGGCCUCAUACUAUGUGUGGUUUCUGGGUGCACAAGAGGCAAAGGGACUCCGAGGUCAGAGAGUCCUCUUGCCAGCUAUUCCGCGUCUCAUUGAGAGAUCGCGGGAGCAGGAACCACUCAAAGUAACACUCCAGGUCUCACACAAAGGGCUCAAAAUAAUUCAGGGCUCCUCGAAGCAUUUCAUACCACACAGCGCAAUCACCUGCUCCGUGCAGACAGACGAUGUGGUGGCGUGUGUUCUUUUGCUGUACAACCCUGCAACGAGGUGUCCUCUUCACGUACACGCGUACAGGUGUGAUUCGGAAAGUACGGCUCAGGCACUGCAUCAGCAACUUCAAAUAUUGAUCAAUCGACCGGAAAAUCAGAAGCGUUUCAAUGAACUCGAAUCGAGAUUGGGGCUCCAGCAGCCACCACCGCCACAUGUGUCCCCAAAGAUGGUGCCGAAGGUUCCAAAGCCACCGAUGGGUCGUCGUGUGGAGAUGGAACGUGCCACAUCGCCACCGCGACGCUUUGAAUCAUCCCUGGGGAGUGAUGAUACGAGCACACGAGAGUCCGAAUGUAGUGGUGAACACUCACCAACGAGUCCCAUUUCUCCUGUAGCCGGUGGAGCACCCAGGGCCACCCUGUAUGACUCCCUGGCGGCUGAAUUGCGCGCCAAAUUGAAUGGAAAUGGCCCGCCGUUGCUCCUUCCGCCGCGUGACUACGACACAAUGCACAGAUCAAAAGGAAAUUUGGCAGCCACAGAGCUUCGAAGGUGCCAGAAUCAGUUGAUUGUGGGUGCACCGAAUUCGGGGAAGCAGGGUGUCUCAUCGCGUGGCUCAUCGGGUAUUGGAUCGGAUCUCGCGCCAAGUCCAGAACGACAAGAUGGACAAACAUCCAGUGACGAAGACUGGACCAAUGACCACCAGGAGUCGGUGAUUGUGAUGCAGGCACCCCGGCGACCUGCCCCGGUGGACAUUAGCCCCAUCACACGACCUGCCCAGAGGCCAACGGCAACGUAUCUGUACCCCCAUGAACCGCCAAGGAAUGAGAAGUUCCCCGAGGAGCUGCGUGGGCAGCAGCCAAAGCGACAGGUGCCGAAGAAAAUCCCGCCAGAGGAGAGGCAACGCAGGGAUUCGUCACAAUCACGCGAGGAGGAAGAAGUCAAGCCGGUGCUCAUGAAAAAUCGUCCACCGUACAAUGAAGCACGUUUCCGGGAGGUGUUUGAGCAGGAGCGACGCUAUGCUGGUGAUGCUGUGCCCAGGAGGUUCCAUCAUCAAGAAGAUGAAGAGGAGGAUGAGGAUGAGAUUGAAAGUCCUCCAGUGAGGAAACAACGUCCGGAGAGAGAUGCUGAUUUUAGAGAAAAAUCCUUCAGGGAAAAUCUAACGGAUAAACAGAAAUUCCUUGCGGCUGAGAAAUACCGACAGACUCGCUAUCGUGAGAGGCCUGUGUAUGCGGAUGAGAUGGAGGAUGUUGUGGAGAAGAUGGAGAAGAUUAAGUAUCCACGAGGAGUUGCUGAAGGGAAGCCAAUGCGCUACAAGGAGCCCCUUUCGGAGAAAUCAAGCUACGGGAGUCGAGAUAAGUCAAUUGAGAGGCCCCCCAAGUAUGGAGAUUUCUACACCGAAGCUGCCCAUGAGAGGAACCCUUAUCAGGAGCCUGAAAGUCAACCCUAUCGAGAAUCAAUUGAGAAGAUGCUCAAAUCACCGGUGAUGCGGUAUAAAUCAUUUGACGAUGCAAAAUACCAGGAAGAGGUGGUUUGGCGUGAGAAGCCACGAUACCGCGAUGAUGCGAGGAUGUAUCAGUAUGCUGGCAGGGAGGAGGAAUUUAAGGCACGUGCUCCAACAAAAGCAUCACCCAAGGAACGUUUUCACGAUGCAAAGGAGAAAUUCCAAGCAAUGGAACGUGGUGGGGGUGGACAUAAACCGUUGAGGCGGUCACAGGAAGCUGCAGCAGCACCACGUAGGGGUUCCCUUGAGCCCCCAUCGACGCACUCAUUGCAGCGUCAACGAUCAAAUCCCAUUGCUGCCGUAACACGGGAGGAAUGGAGCUCAGAGGAAGAGCACCAAAUGCAGGAGAUUCCUCCGCCAGCCUACACGAGAGCCUACGUGGGUGAUGCAGCAGCACCACGAAUGGCAUCAAGCAAGAGUCUUGGGAAUCUCGUAAAGGGCUACCGUCAUAGCUAUGCUGAACCACGAAAUCCCCUCCCCCGAGGAAGUGGACGCGUUGGAUUAGCAGCUGUUAAUCCUUACUAAAGGAAUCUGGCUCUUGCGAAAAAAAGCCUCCUCAAUGUUGUAAAAUCUUGUAAAUUCCUCUUCCUUCCCAUUUCUUACAAAAUAAUGAAGAAAAAUUAUAGAAUGAGAUUGUUCUAAAAGGGAUUCCACUUCUCCUCCUCCUAACAAAGCAUCCCGAUGGAUUUCUUUUUGGUUUUUUAUUAUUACAAAAUAAUUUAUAAUAUAAAAAUUAAUAUAACUACAAAAAUAAAUAUUCUUCGUCUUGUAUUUUAUGUGCCUUGUGUGAGAGAGAAAGAAAUUAAUUCUUUUUGGUGGAAAAUUUAAUUUUCCCAUCUCUCUCUUAAGUUUUUUUUUUAUAUACUCAGAAGCGCCAAAAAAGGGGUGAUUAUCUGGCUGAAAAAUAAAAUGAAUAUUCGGAAAAAUUCUUUGAAAAUUAUUUAUUUAAAAAGUAUUUUUUAAUGAAUUAUUCCUAAAUAUUCAGAGAGAAAUAUCAAAACAUUCAGCGAAUAAAUCUACCCCUAGGCCCAUACCCUUUUUCCUCUACCCCCUUUUGUAAUCGCUGUAAUGAAAAAUAUAAAAAAAUAAAUUAAUUAAUAAUACGACAAAAAA